ACCCAGCAAAAUAAAAUAGCUGUAAUACAAAUAGGCAAAUAGUACAAAAAAUGCAACAUCUCUUUUUUUUUUUUCUUUUUUCUUUUUUCAUUUUAAAGUCAAUCCUGAUUGCAUCAUGCUGUACCACAGAAACUGUAGUCCCUAAUUCACAUCAACCUUGACAGCAUAGAAGAUGUUUCACCCCAAUGCAGAGCAAAGUAACGCACUUCUAUUUAAAAAGGAACAUAUCAGGCCUAUCAGCAUUAUAUUAAUUUCCAAAGCUCACUAACGCACUCCAUGUAGAAACUCAAAAUAAAAUAUGACAAAGCAGGGACAUAGGCAUGGGUUUAACCUCAAGAUUGUCCAACAUCAGGUUUGGGUGACCAAUGAAGAUCAUUAUGGUGAUAUGGAGAAACAUGUGGCCCAUUUGGCAUAGAGAUUCUCCUUCUUGGUCGAACAUUCAUUAAUGGGAAACCACCUUGCACUCUACCACCAAUUAUAGCAUUUGCAAUAGACCCCUCACGCUAUGCUUGCAUGCCCUGGAAGUGAGAUGAAGAACAAGCCAUGUCCUUGAGAUUCGCCAAAGGCUUUAGUGCUUCAACAACUUCGCUCAUCAAAGUUCUGGCUUUAGGAUCACGGCCAAGACAGGGGGCAGCCAACUGAAUUGCUUUCUGUGCCCUUUUGAUUUAGAAGGGUCCUGCAAGUCGAGUAUCUAUAAGUCGGAAAACCUUUGUUUCUCUACAGGAUAUGGCCGAGCCCAUUCCACCAGGUUAUGCUCCCCAUUUGGUCAGUUUUUGUCCAUGGGUCUUCGGCACAUCAACAUCUCAAUAAGGACCACCCCAAAGCUAUAGACGUCACUUGUAGGUGUCAGAUGCCCUCGAAAAAUAAAUCACCAUUAAAAUGUCAAACAUAUUUUCACUCAAAAGAAAAUUCAUAUCAUAUGAAUACCAAUCCACAAACCAUUAGAUGGAACAAGAAAAGAACAUAAAAUAAAAAUUGCUUGGAAUGUACAGACAUAUAGUUGUUGAAGUGAAUAAAAACUGAACACAUCA